GGUGUGUGUGUAUAUAUAAAAAAAAUGUGAAGGAGGCCGGGGACUAGUGAGUGUGAGAGCCACUGUCCAGGAUGAAACAUCCAAGCUCCAUGAAUACAUCAAGGAGAAGGCUCCAACGGAUGACGUACUCAGAGAAUGUCUCAGACAAUGGGGAACAGAAGAUGAGGCGCUGGAAGAGGGACCAUCAUGGGAGGACAAGCCCCUACACGGGAUGUACCACCGGACCAUAACUGAAGUGGCUGAUCUCAAGAAGUCCUAUCAGUGGCUAGAGAGGGCUGGCCUGAAGGACAGCACAGAGGCACUCAUCCUGGCUGCUCAGGAACAGGCCUUGAGCACCAGAGCCAUCGAGGCCCAGAUAUACCACACCAGACAAGACCCAAGGUGUAGGUUGUGCAAAGAGGCACCUGAGACGAUCCAACACAUAACUGCAGGGUGUAAGAUGCUGGCAGGGAAAGCCUACAUGGAACGCCAUAACCAGGUGGCUGGCAUAGUCUACCGAAACAUCUGUGCGGAGUAUGGACUGGAAACCCCAAGGUCAAAAUGGGAAACACCUCCGAAGGUGGUGGAGAAUGACAGAGCGAAGAUCCUGUGGGACUUCCAGAUCCAGACUGACAAGAUGGUAAUGGCGAACCAACCAGAUAUCGUGAUCAUAGAUAAAGGGCAGAGGAAAGCCGUUGUAGUGGAUGUAGCGGUCCCUAGUGAUGGAAACAUCAGGAAGAAGGAACAUGAGAAACUCGAGAAAUACCAAGGGCUCAGAGAGGAGCUGGAGAGAGCCUGGAAGGUAAAGGUGACAGUCGUGCCUGUGGUGGUCGGAGCACUCGGGGCAGUGACCCCCAAACUAGAUGAGUGGUUGCAACAGAUCCCGGGAACAACAUCGGACAUCUCAGUCCAGAAAUGUGCAGUGCUGGGAACAGCAAGGAUACUGCGCAGAACCCUCAAGCUUCCUGGCCUCUGGUAGAGGACCCGAGCUGAAUGAGGGACGGACACCACCCGAGGGGUGAGAUGAGGAUUUUUUUUUUUUUAUAUAUACACACACACACACACACACACAGUAUAUAUAGCUGGAGAGCCUGGAAGGUAAAGGUAAAGGUGACAGUCGUGCCUGUGGUGGUCUGAGCACUCGAAACAGUAACCCCCAAACUGGAUGAAUCAACAAAGCAACAGAUCCCGUGCUGGGAAGAGCAAGGAUACUGUGCAGAACCCUCAAACUUCCUGGCCUCUGGUGGAGGACCCGAGCUGAAUUGAACCCGGUACCUCAGCACUGUGAAGUCGACGUGCUAACCACUGGACUGCCGGGCUGAUCGUAUUUAUUAAGGGUGAAAAAAAAAAAUAGAACCUUCUUCCAAGCUGUCUGGUCCUGCGCCGAAAAAGUACUUGCCCCAUAAACCUAAUAAGUGGUUGGGCCACCCUCAGUAGCAACUGAUAUCAGGCAUUUUUUCUGACUGGCAAUAAGUGUCCCACAUCCCUGUGGAAAUAUUUUUGGUCUGCUCCUCCUUGCAGAACGGCCUGAAUUUAGCAUUGUUGGCAGAUUUUCAGGUUCUAUUUCAUGAUGCCUUGAUUGAACAGGUCCGCAGGGAAUCAGGCUUGAGUGUGGUCAGGGAAAAUGAACUCAGCUUUGCAAAAAAAAUGCUAUUAGCCACAGUUUAACGAUUUAAACUGGGGCAAGCACUUUUUCCCUCUGGGCCAGAUAGCUUUGAAUAGUAUGUUUUGCUUAGUGCAUAAAAUCACCAAUUUAUAACUGUGUUUUAUGUUUUACUUGGGUUAUCAUUUCCAUUUUUACAUUUGUUUGAUGAUUUUUAGCAUUAAAAUGAGUAAAUUAGAAAAAAAAAGAGAAUUUGAAAAGAUUGUUAAUACUGUUUCACAGCGCUGCAAAUUGAAUUUCUACUUGAGGGAUCAGGCUCGGUGUAUUACAGCUAAAUAAUACAUUAAAAAAUAACAUUUUCAAGAAAGAAUCUCCGGUUUGUGGUUUCAAGGACAAUUUUUGGGUGUCACCGUGGGUGUUUUCAUAUGUACAUAGAGCUCACAUUAGCCACAUGUUGAUGAAGUAUUUCCCCAAAUAGAUGUUUGGAUUGAGUGAAAGGAUUCAACGUGUCAGGAAUGGUCAUGCUUAAGAAGAACCCAAGAGGAAAGAAGAGGCUUGAAAAAAAGGAAGAUCACAUUGGCUGGACAAUGGAGUGAAAAUGCUGACUUAUUCGAGAUUUCUUUGGAGUCCUCCUGCAAUGGUUUCUUUGAAAGAUAUGUUUAGUGUUGCUUUUUUUUGGUGUGUUUGU